AUGGUGUCGGUAGAUCACCUUUCGUUGGAAAUACAUGAACGACACUCAAUUGACUUUUUUUUAUUUCCAUGUAUAUUUAUAUCAACUUAUACUCAGUCCAGCACAACGUGCUGCAAUCACUCAGCAUGAAAAAUUUUCAAAGUUACCUGUAACAUAGCUUACAAUAGCCAAUUAUUCUAAUAAAAUUUUGAAACAGUCAACAUAGAUUUAUACAAUAAAUAAAUGGCUUUAUCAAUUGGUAAAAAAAUACCUGAAGGAGCAAUUAAACUAACACCGGAAGAAGCAUUUGACCAUCAAUGGAAACUAAUCAAUAAUUGGCCAAAUUUCAUAGAUGUGUGGCCUUUUUUUCUUGGAACACCCAUUUUAGCAGGAUUAGGGGCAAUAACAUCUAUACGGAUAAAUAGUGCUAUUAGAUCAAAAUUAAAUUUACGUAAUUACGGAAAAGUAAUUUCUCAUUAUACAGUAAGCCUAGCAACAUUUACAGUGAUAGGAUUGAGUCAUCAAUCGAUUAUUACAGAAAAAAUCAUAACUUUAAAGGCUUCUUGUCCUGUUUGUAUUGAGACCCAAGCAAUACUACUCCAAUUAGGAAGCUGUGUACUUUAUCCAUCUAUUCUCAGUUCAUGUACAAACUUGUAUAUGGCCAAUAAAUAUGCAACAUAUAGAAUACCAUAUUUUGCUGAUGGACAAGGAAUAUUCAAAUUAUACUUGAAAUUAGUGGAAUCACUGAAAAAGAAAAUUGUGAGACAUGUAAUUUUGAACUUUAUUGCUGCAGGUUUUAUAACAUAUUUGGAGAGUGUAGCUUUAGCAAAGAUCCACAAAAAAUUGAUGAAAAAUGAAAUAGAAUUAAAUGAAAUUAAUAAAAUACCACCUGAAACAAAUCCAAAGAAACUUUCGAAUGGAAAAACAUGAAUUAUGGACUAUUAAUUAUAGUUGUUAUAUAUUUUUAAACUGUUUAUAUAUCACUUUAUUGAAUAGUUACAUGAUAUCAGUUUUGAAUAAAAAAUUAUUUAAUGCA